AACAUCUCUGUGGACAUAGCCGGAAAAGAUUUUUAGCCACUGUAAGAGCUACAGACUGAAAACUCAAAAUGAUGCUUCUGGCGGCAAUAGGAGUACUAUCUCUUCACCUCUUGUUCUCUGUGUCUUACUCAAGCCCACCGGAAAACCCUGUUAGCUGUGGUUUCAGAGGAAGAAACUGCACGGUUCUCAACUCGUACGGCGCAUUCUCCGAUCGAGCCAUCUGUAGAGCAUCUGUCGUGGCAUACCCGACCACGGAGAAUGAUCUCCUACAAGUCGUUGCUGAAGGAACUCGCGCGAGACAGAAGAUGCGCGUGGUUACACGCUUUUCUCACAGCACAACCAAGUUGGCCUGUGUCGAUGGAGAGGAUGGUAGACUUAUCAGCACCGAGCUUCUCAACAAGACGUUGAGUGUUGAUAGAGAUGCGAUGACGAUCACGGUUCAGAGUGGCGUGUCACUUCGCCAACUCAUAGGUGAUGCUGCAAAAGUUGGACUGGCGUUGAGAAUGGCACCACACUGGUGGGGGCUAACAGUAGGUGGGAUGAUGUCUACCGGAGCCCACGGUAGUUCUUGGGAUGGGGAGCGUGGGGGCACUGCUUUUCACGACUACGUCAUCGAGAUGCGAAUGGUAACCUCUGCUCCUCCUGAUCAAGGAUACUCCAUGAUUAGAACACUCAACCGCAGCAACUUCAGUGAGUUGGACGCUGCUAGAGUUUCUCUGGGCGUAUUUGGUGUCAUAUCUCAGGUGACGGUUCAGUUGGAGUUAAUGUUCAAAAGAUCAAUCACGUAUAUAACCAUUAAGGAUAGCGAUCUUGUAGAGAUGGUUGAGAAGCACGGAGAUAGGUACGAGUUUCCUGACAUAAUGUGGUACCCCAGCCAAGGAGAAGUCGUUUACCGUAUGGAUGAACGGGUUUCAAUCAACAUCUCCGGCAGUGGCUUAUACAAUUCCGUAUUGUACAAAGCCGAAGACUCAAAUUUACUGGAAUUUCAAAGAUCAAGAGGUAUGACGUAUCAUGGCUUUCCAGUGAUAGGAAACCAUAGUGAUCUGAUGUCCUCAGGAGGUUGUCUGGAUAGCAAAGAAGAUGGAUUGGCCACAGCUUGUCCUUGGGACUCCCGUGUACAUGGUCAAUUCUUUCAUCAGACCACGUUCUCCAUCCCCAUUGAGAACGUUAAGGAGUUUAUCAGCGACAUCAAGACUCUGGUCAAGAUCGAACCGAAAGCUUUAUGCGGACUCAAUUUCUACAAUGGUGUGUUGAUCCGGUAUGUACAACCAUCAUUUGCAUACUUGGGCAUCGAAUUCGAGGGUAUGGAGUUCGAGUUUACAUAUUACAGAAGCAGAGACCCGUUGAUGCCUCGUAUGUAUGAAGAUUUUUUCGAGGAGAUCGAGCAGAUGGGUUUGUUCAAGUAUGGGGGCCUGCCACAUUGGGGUAAGAACAGAAAUGUUGCCUUUAUCAACGCCACUGAGAAGUACAAGGAUGCAGCUUUGUUCUUGAAGAUGAAGCAGAUGUUCGACCCACUACAACUAUUUUCGAGCAAAUGGACGGACGCAGUAUUGGGUUUGGGAGGCGACCUUACCGUAGAUACGGAAGGCUGUGCACUGGAGGGGUUGUGCAUCUGUUCGAAAGAUGUGCACUGUUCCCCUAUCAGAGGUUACUUCUGUCGACCUGGGAAGAUCUACAAGGCAGCACGCGUUUGUACCCACUUAUGAAUGUUUAUCUCUGUUUCAGUGUCUUAGAACUUAUAAGAACUUAUGUGUAGAUGCUCUUUUAGUUAGUUUAUUUAAAAUGAUGAUGACCUCAAUUACUUGUUUGCAAUACUGUGAUUGUUUGUGAUAUUUCCCAACAAUUAAUUGAAAUACUGAUC